AUGUCAUUCUUAUCAUACGACGAGAAAAAGGACGUCUCCCCGCCCCCGGUCUACCCCAUCCUCCCGGCAGGACAGGAAGACGACGUCGCUCGCCCUGAGUACUUUGUCGACAAUGAUCUCAAGUUUGUUGGCGAGCAGGGUGGUAACGGUGCGCAAGCAACCUACCAAGAUGCUUAUGGUGCGCCAGUGGAGGGUAAGAACCCGUUAGGCUACAGUGUGGGAUGGUGGUCGGCGUUGUUUCUCAACGUCACGAUGCUGAUUGGAACUGGUAUCUACUCUUUCCCAUCUUCCCUGUUGAAGAACCUCGGCUCUGUCGGUCUCGCCCUUUGCUACUGGCCCAUUGGUCUCCUCAUCUCUCUCGCUGGUAUCUCCGUUUACCUCGAGUUUGCAUCCUACUUUCCCUCUCGAUCUGGUGCCGAGGUCGUCUACCUUGAGCAAGCCUUUACGAAGCCGAGGUACUUUUUCCCUAUCGCCUUUGCCAUCCAGACAGUCAUUUUGUCUUUCGUGUCUAGCAACGUGAUCGUCGUCGCUCAAUACAUCUUUCGAAUGACCGACCACAGCCCUACCGACUGGGAAUCCAAAGGUGUCGGAAUCGCGGUCCUCACUGCUUGUACUCUGCCUGUCUGGCUCAGUACUAACGCGUCUCUCCGUAUCUCCAACACCCUCGGUGUCCUCAAGAUCAUCACCCUUCUGCUCAUCAUCAUCCCCGGCUUCGUCGCCCUCGGCGGCGGUUUCAAAGCCGUCCCCGAGCCUACAGCCAACUUUCACAACGCCUUCGAGGGCAUGUCCUCCAAUGGAUACAACCUCUCCAAUGCGCUCGUCAACAUCAUCUUUUCUUAUGGCGGUUACACCAACUCGUUCAACUUGGCGAAUGAGAUCAAGAACCCUAUCAAGACUAUCAAAAGGACAGCGAACACUGCGGUCAUCUUUGUCGCCAUCCUGUACAUCUUGACCAACAUUGGAUACUUUGCAGUCUUGACCAAGUAUGAGAUCACAAACUCCACCCAAGUCACCGCCAGCGUCUUUUGGGAAAAGAUCUUUGGCUCUAAAGCCGCCAAAGGUCUUACUAUCCUCCCCGUCCUCUCGGCUGCUUCCAACAUUGUCACCGUCAUCGUUGGGCACUCUCGUAUGAUCCGUGAGAUUGGUAGGCAAGGUGUUCUGCCCUGGCCCAGAUUCUGGGUAUACACUUGGCCCUUUGGGACACCCACUGGGGCGUUGAUCACGAUCUAUAUCAUUUCCUUCAUCGUCGUCGUGGCGGCCCCUGCUGGAGAUGCUUUCAGUUUCAUCGUCGCUCUUUCCAACUACCCCUCAUCCUUCUUCCUUGCCCUCAUGACCGUCGGUCUGUUCGUCAUCCGCCGUCGUAGGGCAAGGCUCAACUUGCCUCCUUCCGAGUACCGCUCGUGGACGUUCGUCGUUCUGUUCUUCUUGGCGAGCAACAUCUUCUUGCUGGUCAUGCCUUGGGUGCCUCCUCCCGGCGGUCUCAAUGGAGGCAGUUACUCGUUCUUCUACGCUUCGAGUAGUUUGACUGGUAUCGGAAUCAUCGCUACCUGCGCUCUCUACUUCUUCGUCUGGACUCGCUGGCUCCCCAAAUGGGGCAACUACCAGCUCCGCCAAACUGUCGUCACCUUGCCAGAUGGGGCUGUCACGCACCAGAUUAUCAAGGUGAAGAAUGAUGAGGUGGAUGCUUGGGAUGUGAAACAUGAUAUUGCGGGGAGGAGCUUGGAUGAGAGGGAGGCGGAUGCUUAG